AAUGGACGUCGCCAAGGGCACAACGGAGGACUUUGUGACGGUGGUCAGCGUCGGCAGUCAGCCGGCGUCAGAGAAUUUCGUGACCGUUCUGUCGAUCGGCAACGGGAAAAAGAGCGAUGCCGGAGAGUCGUCCGUGUCGAGUAAAAAUGGAGCGACGAACGGGAUGGACGUACAUCUCGAGGAGGAGGUCGAGGUUUUCAGACUGCCCGGAGAACGGCUCGGCUUCGGACUCAAAUUCGAGGGAGGAAAUAAGACGUCCGAGAGAGUCAGGAGAUUGUUCGUGCAGAGCUGCGCGGAGCAAAGUCCGGCCAGCAGAGCGAAGUGUUCGUGGGGCACUCUAGGCGAGGGAGACGAGGUACUUUCGAUCGACAGUAUACCGGUGACACACAUGACCCGAUUGGAUUGCGUGAGGAGAUUGAAGGAAUCACAAUUAGUCAUCAGGCUGAUGGUGAGAUGCCGCGGUGCUCUCAGACCCGAAGUAGUGAGCGCCGAGAGAAAAAUCGAGAAGAACAAAGUGCCGCCGGAAUUACCCGCGGCUCCCCCGCCGGUACCACCGCGGAAACUGAGGCAGCCACGAGGACCCGCAGACGGCGAAGCGAAUCCUAGUCCUGUCAAGAAAUUGUGGGACAGCCCGAAAUCGCCGGCUUCGCAGGCGAACGUAAGCUCUUACGAGAGCUGCGAAUCCUCGCCGAGAAGCGUCAACGGUUUAUCGCAUCCAGAGAGCACGAAGGAAUCACCGAAGAACCGCUCGCCGGAGUUUACGAAAUCGAAGCAGGAACCGCCGGAAGCGAUGGUUUAUCUGGACGCGCGAUCACAAUGCGGCUCCACGCACGGCAGCACGUCCGACGACACCGGCAGCUCCAUGUCCACCGUCAUGGACAGAUUCUCGACCAUAUCCGAUCGCGUGUCGACCAUAUCCACGGCGUCCACGGCGUCGACCACCGGCUCCGAACAGCCGAGCGAAUUCGCGAGCGUUGAUCGAGACCUCGAGCGAUCCUCGUCCGAUCGAGACGUGCUGUUGUCGCGAGCAAUCUGUCCGCUUGAGAUGCUCGAGAGGGACUUCUCGAAUCCGCCCGAUUAUCUAUUACGUCGUCUCGCCAGUUCCGAGGCGGUGACGCACGUGGAGUCGCGGGGCGAGGUCGAGCGUAUCACGGCGGUAGUCGCGCCGAACACGGUGCUGAUCGAGGAAACCAUCACUCUUCAACCGCCGCUCAGUUUUCAGGACGCCCCGUUGAGUUACGGACACGAGGCUAGGCCGGAUCUCUUCUACACGGCCGACCUGGCCGCCGACUCGACGACGCAUUUCAGGCCAAUUAAGGAUGACGUGGAACUCGUGGAGCGCGUCAACGGCAGCGUCCACGAGGAGGUGCGCGUUUCCGGCACGGAAAGAAGCAAUGACGUCAGGUCAUCACCGCCGCCGUUGCCGGCUAGAAAUCACGUUAACAGGAUCUGCGUGAAUCAAACGAGCGAAUCUGAAAACGAUGCGCGAAUCUCAGGAACGGUGCCCGUCUCACCCGAGAGGGAACCUUCGGAAGCUCCUCUGUUACCGCCGAAGCCGCUGCCGAGAAAAGAUGUUAAAGCGAGACGGAAAAGACCACCUCCGCCGCCUCCACCACCAAUUAUAGCGCCACGAAGAGAGAUCAAAUCUUCGCCAUCAAUCGAAUCGAAUAAUCUAACGGAGAAGGAAGAUAUUUCGCAAGAAAGCGCAGAAUGUGUUCAACCAGGAUCAUGCGACUCGUCGUUAAACAGAAGCAACAUUCCCCACGAAUUUUCGAUCGAAAGAUUCGAAAAUUUAGAUGAAAACAGCGAACCUAACGCGAAGAACGUUAGUCUCGACGAUGAGAAAGAUAAAGCUGCAAGUUUGAGGGAAGACACACAAACGAACAAAGUAUUUGAAAUUAUCGAAAUUAGGAUGGCUAAAGGUUUGCAGCUCAAUCAGGAGGAAGUCGCAAGGAAUGAGCUAAACAACGCAUCGGAAACGACGAAUUGCGAACAGAAUGGAAUUAAAGUAACAGAUAGAAAAAAACAGGAUCAAUCGCAAUCUAUGAAUAAUUCGAAUGGAAUUUCGAUGGAACUAAAUUCGAGUUCAGGACCGACCGAUGAACGCGUUGACGAAUCAAAUAACGAAGAGGAAAAGCAUCUUGACCCGGAAGAUCUUUACGUCCGAGAAGAAACUCGGACGAAUGACGGGGAUACUUUCAAUGAAGCAUUUCCGUUACACGCAGAGGAUACUUUAUCGGUCGAUAAUUCUACGCUGCGAGAAAGCGAGGAUGACGAAACGUAUCGAUCAUUGGAUGAGAUAAAUGAUGAUAUGAAAAAUCCGGAUGUGAAUCGCAUGCUAGAGGAAGAAGGAGACACAACUGACGAAAGCGAUGACGGCGAUUAUUACUGGCAGAGCAAUCUCGCCACUAUCGGCGAAGAGGAGGAGACUUCCUUGGAAUAUGUGAAUGCCAACGCAGACACGAACGAUUCCAGCAAGCUGACGGCAGAGCCGGAAGAAUCCGCAAUCAAGAAAGAUGCGUUCGUUAAAAACGCGCGAGAUGACGAAGCGGACCACGUGAGCGAGAUUGCAGAGUACACGGAGGAGACCAGCAAGAAAUCGAGCAAAAACACAGUAAAUGGUAAGAUGGAGAACUGCGGAGGCGGCCAACGCCUGCCCCCGGACGGGGACGAAUUUCCAGCAGCGUAUCAAGAAUUUAGCAACAGCCAGCCACCGUAUAGCAGAUACAUCGCCGCGACAAGGACGACGGCGACAAUAGCCACGAAUGGCGGAUUGUGCAACGAGAACGAGACGUUCCGUGCCGGCGAGACAUUUAAGAUGCUCGCGAACGACAGCAAUGUUGUCGGUUCGAGGAGCAUUAUUCUGUCCGAUAGUAAGAUGACGUUGACGAGCCCUGAAAACGUGAGGCAGGAUAUAAACAAAGUCGCUUCGACGAAUGUGGAGAACGUCCGACCGGAGAUAGGAACUAAAGCUACUUCGACCAUUGCGGAUAACGUAUGUCAGGAUAACGCCAAGUCCUCCGAGGUUUCUAACGAAGAGAGAAAAUCGUCGUCCUAUCACACUUCGGAAGAUAUCGCGAAGAAAAACGCUCCUACCGUCGCGGCAAGUCUUCUUUAUUCUUGCCAGACGAACAACGGCAAUUCAACGAUGAGCGAGAAGAAGAUGGAGAUCGCCGGAUAUUAUCACAAGGACGCGAUGACAAUCGGGGAGGUGCCAAGCCACGUGGAAAAGGACACGCCCGUCGAUACCCCGCCGCCUCUACCAUUGACAGGCCCGCCUAAAUUGGAGCAAAUGACUUUGCACGCCAAAAACGUUUCUACGAUGGAGUCGCCGCAGAGAAAAUUUUCUUUAAACGGCGAUCUCUGGAGGCAGGACGAUAAGUCCGAACGAUCUGUCCGAGACAAAAUCGCCAUGUUUUCGUCGCAGAGCAACCUCGACGUGCCCUUGUUCCCCAAUGUCAUGACAGCUGCAACAGUCACGAGCAAUGGCAAACGUCUUUCCAAGUAUAAAUCCUCCGAAGACGUUUUUUGCGACGACAAGAGUAACGGACAGAAGGAUCGGUCGGCCUUCCUCGUCGAUAGGACACAGAGCUCUUUUGAUCUCACCGAUUCGGCCAGGACACCAACAGGGCAUGAUUCCGCGAAGAAAUAUAGCCAGAGAACACCCAGUUUGCCUCCUCAGCCUGCUUUAUUGAGUCCUAUUACGCAAACUACGCGCGUUCCAAAGACGCUGCCAGUUGUUCCGCCGAAAGCUACAUCAUUGUCGAGUCCGUUAUCACCUUCGUACGACAAGCAGAUUUUUUCAAAUACGACGAUGAAGAAUUAUUGUACCGAAAGUAACAACUUGUCGAACGCCACGUAUCCGAGUAAAACCGUCGAUUCUUAUAAUAAUGCUAACAAUUUGAUUAAAACGACGAGCACGCCUUUAUUGAUGCGAGCUACUAGUUUCUCAGGCUCAACGCCCUUCGUGCAAGAUCGAAAUUCUUUAGCAGUCGAUUCAACCGGUAAUUCACAAAUCUCGAGAACAAAUUCUCUGGCAUCUACGUUUAAACGACCCGGAGAUGAUGUAAGAAGAAGCAGUUUGAAUCAGCUGAUCGAGCAGAGGCGGAGAUCGAUAUCGAAACUACGUGGACUUGUUAUACCGGAAAAAGACACCGUGCCGAUAGAUCAACCCAUCGUUGAUUUACCGGAAAUCAAAUCACGCGAUUCGAUAUUACUACAUCAGAUACCAAAGGCAAAUAUUCAAGACAAAUGGGGGUCUCAAAGUUCCUUGAUCAGCAAUGCCAGCACGGCAAGCCAGCCCUUGAAAGCGACAACAUCCUUCAAAAUGCCGGCGCCACAGAUACACUCCAAGUAUUCUCCGGCUUUCAAGAGAAAAUCUCUCACGGUAUACGGUACAUCUAUGACGAGCUCUUUCUCGAUAAAUGGCAAUAGUCCGAUCAAAAGCUCCCCGUCAAGCACGUCAGCAUUUUCGGAGCCACCGAAAAGCUUGGAGAGUAUCUGCAGCCCGACGAGAAGUGAUUAUAGCUUCGAAUUUGCCUCGACGACCAGCUCGCCGGAUGGUUCGCGUAACAGACCGAGAAUGAUACAGAGGAAGGCUCGCUUGGAUUAUGACGAUUCUGAUAACGAUUCAGCUGUGAGCAGUUCUCAGAGUAGUAUAUCUCGCGGCUUCAGUCCACCGAUGUCUCCGGCACCAUCGGAAAGAUCCACCAUCUCCUCGGAGAGAUCUUACGUCUCCACGGAACUGAAUUACCAACGUCGACCUCUGAUCGCGGACAGUUUGAACAGAACUUUGGUGUCACGAGAUGUUAGAGAUUCAAUUGGUGAAUCCGAUAAAGAUCAAUUCGGCUCCAGAAUAGGUCUUCUCGGUGAACGAACGUGUCUAACCGAGAGAUCCUCAUCUAGCAGCAGCAGCGGCGGCUCGAAUCCGCGAUCGCCUCAACCGAACGAGCUCUUUUCGAGAAACUCGCAGAUCCCACAGCGACAGCUAAGACGAUCGAAUAGCACCGAUACAAAUUGCAGCACAUCCUCAACGUUGACGUCCGGAUCUCAGGCCAGCGCCGAAUCUCUAUCCCGAAGAGUGUUGAAGCCGCAAAGCGUGGAGGCCAUAAAUCGAAAGAAUAUCCUGGCAAGUGCCAGAUGUCGGAGCGGAAGAGAUCUGAACGGGUCGCCGUUAAUCCAGCGAAAAUUCUCGGACGACGAGGAUAUCGCUAUCGAGAACGGCGGUGCUGUUCGUCAGACAAUCAUCAAUGAUUCGGAGAGUGAUUCCGCGAGCAAACAAGAGAUCAAGAUAGCUUAUAUAGAGGUCGCAGAUCCUUUCGCGAAGGAUGAGGAAUUCUUUCAGAAGAAGGAAGAAGAACUGAAACUGCCACCUAAAAGAAGCAUGUUACCGCCGCCGUCUGUUAGACCGCCGAAACCCGAAAUAUUAGAGCCGUCAAACGAUCUUAAAAUGUGGGUUCGAGCAGAGGCGAAGACUAUCGUGCGAGCCAUGGAAGAAAAAUCGAACAACAAAUACGACAAAAGUCCUCCCGCUGCUCAACCUUUAGAAAUGUCAUCUGUAAUUCAAACGGCAAGAAAGAAUCACGGUUCCAUGUUUGACGAACCUAUUAAUUCAACACUAAAUGGCGGUUUGCCUUCAAAGAGCAGAAUCACAAUAAACGAAGCAAAAGUCGGUGCGACGGAAACAUCAAAAUCACAAAGCAGAGCGAGUGUAAGUCCCAGAAGGAGCACGGAAGAUCAAAACGAUCUCCUAACGAUCUUAACGACAAAGAGCCGUUCUAGAUCAGCUAUACACGUCGACGAAGGGACUUUUGGCAGAUCAAAGAGUCAAAUGAGUCUAGAGGACAUAUUGGCCGUUAAAACAGAUUCUAAGUUACUUCGCGCGCAAAGUAUAGAGCCGAGAAUCGAGAAGAAUGGCGCCACAACAACGAGUUUGCCGAUUAAAUCUACUUGGGAUUCGAAGGAAGGUCGAUACUGUAGAAGAGGCUCUACUACGUCGAACGAGUCUUGGUCGGAAGAUAAACCUUUUGUCUCGAAGAUACCUACUUUAGGAAAAGCUAGGAAUAUCGAUAGCGGUGACGAAAUGUCACAAAGUGUGGAGAAAAUAAAAAGUGCAACGGCGUCGAAGAUUCCGACGUCCCGCGGCCUGAAUCGACGCAGUGCCAGCGUUACAGAUAUGAAGAGAGCCCUGGAUGCGAGUCCUGUGCACAGCCAGUCACAACAGUGCGCCGGCGGCACUCACAAUCGAUUCCCAAGUCUGGAUAGCAGUGUGGACGAGAACAUCGGAACGGAAACGGAUGUCGACAGAUGCUACGGCGAACAAUUUGGCAGUAUCAGCUCGCUGGCGAGCAGUACCAGCUUGAUCUCGCAACAGGAAUUGGCGCAGCUCGUAGAAGAAGCGAGUUUAGAGGAGGCACGCGGCGCGCACGAUGUCGUAGUCGUUCUGCUUCAUAAGGAAAAUCCGACCGGCAGCGUCGGCAUCACUUUGGCCGGCGGCGCGGACUGCGAGGUGAAGGAGAUCACGGUUCACCGGGUGCUGACACACUCCAUCGCGGACAAAGACGGCCGGGUGCAAAGGGGCGACAGGAUCCUCAGUAUAAACGGCAGGAGCACGCGAGGUCUCACCCACAGGGAGAGCAUGGCAGUGCUAAAGCAACCGAGAUCGGAAGUCGUGUUGGUCGUGUCGAGGGCUAGGUUGGAGGAGGGCUGCAAGCUGAGGUCGCGGACCGCGAGCGUCGAAACCAUCGUCGAAGGGUUAGAGAUGAAUGGAAAUGUGGAGGACACAGCGUGGGGCCCACCGUCGACUGUGGCAGUCUACAAAGAUGGAUCUGGUUUAGGAUUUAGUCUGGAAGGCGGCAGGGAUAGCCCCCUCGGGGACAGACCUUUGAUUAUCAAGAAGAUAUUCACCGGAGGUGCUGCCGAGAAGACAGGUGCGUUAAAAGCCGGGGAUCAAUUGCUCGAAGUAAACGGUAACGAUGUAACGCGAAUGUCGAGGAUAGAAGCGUGGUCUUUGAUGAAGAAGAUACACGACGGUGAAGUAAAUCUCCUAGUCAGGCAUCCUGCCACCAAAUCCUCGUGAAAAGUAAGGAAUCCCGCUGCAAACGGGAGUGCAGAAAUGUGCCAAGCGACUGGAUAAUUUUUCGAUCGAUACUUGUUAAACGGGGCAUAACGGGCUUAAUAUAGGCGUGAUAAUUUCUUGUUCGAGAGAUUAUAUAUACAACUGCAUUAAUAUUACAUGAGAAGUUAUUUUAUCGAGCUUGAAAAUUUGAAUAAUACUGCUUUUUAAAUAAAAUAAGAGAUUAUUAUCGCUGAUUUCUAAAGAAACAAUUAUUCACGAUAUUUCUGAGGCGUUUAAACUAUUGGAUAUCUCUCAUAUAUUCGUUGCUCUAAUAUGUAUAAUUAUAUAUCAUAAAUUUAUUAUAGACGAGUCAUAUUAAUUAACAAAAAAAUAAGAGAAAGUGGCUCACACAAUUUGCUAAUUUAUUUUCUUUCGGUCGAAUGCCUCAUAGAUAUUACACUUUUAGCAGAUACAAUCUUGUAUGUAAAUAGCAAUAAAAUAGAAUGUAUCUUCUAAAUAUUAAAUGUAAAUUUGCGAUAUAAUGCAAUAUAGUUGCGAGACUAUAAUGCUAUAUUUUCAUAAAAAUGGAAUUUCUUGCGGAAGAAGAGGCCUAAUGGAUGCAAAUUUCCAAUUUCGAUUGACAAUACAAAAUUCAAUUGCAUUCACAAUAAUCGCAUUGAUUAGACGUUGAAUAUAAUUUGUUGAAUUUAUUAUAUUUGUCAUGUAGUUGCGUUGGAAAUUUCGUUGAAAAACAACGAUAUAUAUAUAAAGAGCAUAUUAUUGAUAUAAUAUACUUUGACAACAAAGCAUAUAAGAAUUUCUAUAUGAUGCAUGCCAUAUGCAAAAUGGAUCGUUAAUAUUAAUGGAAUGAAGUAGAUAGAUACGCGUUGUCAAUUAAUCGUUUAACUUCGAUAACGUUUAAUGUCGAUACGUACGAUUCGUACGACAUUAAUUUCAUAGUGCCGGCCGUGCAGUAAUAGUUCGAAUUAAGAGUUUGCGACAAGCAAAUAACCGAGUAAGUAGUUAAAGUAUGAGCCUGAUUGUAGAUCGCCUAUUUCUUUAAUGUCAAUUUUAGCCGACCGUAGCCGCCCCGACGCCUUACUAUAGUGGUUCCUGUUGAUUUACUUUAGAAUACGAAACGGUAGAAUAUAUCGUAUAAAAUGGUGAUCAAUACUGAUGCGCCAUUUAAUAGCAUCGAGUAAUAAUACAAGAGAUAUAUAUGUUUGUUUCAGUGUUUUCUAACUCUUAUCGUUAAUGCAAUAAGACAUAUAUAAUACGAAUAGGUAUUUGUGUUACAAAGGCAUUUUAACUAUUUUUAAUAGCCCUUUCUCGCAGCUAUCGUUAAUACAAUUAAUCAAUUUUAAAUGCAUCAUAAUAAAGAAAUUAAUAAUCGCUGCUGGAAUUUAUAAUCGGUCGCGCGGAUCGUAAUUUCUCGCAUUCUUCAGUUAUAAUUUUUUCCAAAAAAUGGUAUGAGAAAAAGCGUAUGUCUAAUGAACUUACGUACUGAUAGAGAUGCGAUAUGCAUAUUUAUGCGGAAAUAUUAUCGGAUAUUUCGCCGUAUACUGUGUAUAAAAUAACGCUUUUUUCGCAACAUGUAGAUCGAUCAACGAAAUUAGCUUUAACGAAUGAGAUGCGCGCGGUUAAUCGUAGGCAUAAUAAAAAUAUAACAGGACGGAAUGUAAAGUACUUACUUUGGACGAGGACUUUGAAAGAUCCGAGACGAAGCAGGGGGGAGGGGGAAUGGAUGGUUGUAUUGAGAAACGAUCCGUCGUGAUGAUUCGAUACUCGUCUCGCGUCUUAUCUCUCCCAAACUUGAUUCUCCGUCUUGUUGUAUUUUUCUGAAGAAUAUAGAAGGAUAAAAUGUGUACAACGCACCGAUUUCGAUGAGAAAUUCAAAGCCUGAGAACUCGAAAAGAGCUCCACGACACUCCGCGUAAAAGCGCGUUUAAUUUUAAUCGUUACUUUUUCAAACUAGUUCAAAGUGAUAUUAGCCGCCGUAGCGAUUGCAGUGACGUAGUCAUGAACUGAGAAUUAAUAGAUUGGAAUCCCUGCAUCGGCGAAUAAUUCUUUGUUCGCAAUAUAUAAAUCGAUCAACGAAAUUAAUGAAAUUAGUUCUAACGAAUGAGAUGCUAGCGGUUAAUCGUAGGCAUAAUAAAAAUAUAACAGGAUGGAAUAUAUAUUUGAACUUUGUGUGAUCCGAGACGAAGCGGGGGGAAAAUGG